GGCUGCGCGCACACAGGCGAUGGGAGGUCGCCCCUGGUUGGUCUUGGCUCGGCUUUUUACGCGUCUCCUCUGAAAAACAAACCACGUUCAUCGCAUUUUUUUGGAGUCGAUUUCUUCCAGCACCUGCCCGCAGGAUCCGGGGCUCAAGAAGCGGGAGUCAGGGAGGAGAGAUCCCCCGCAAACGCGUCAUGGGAGCGGGGAGAAGCGGGGCUCUCUUACGCGCGCACACCUGAGGCUUUCCAGCGGAUUUUUAUUGCAUCGAUUGCCUUCCAACUUGUGUCUUUUCAACGGGAAUCGUUAUUAUUUCCUCCCAGGGGACUAUUGCUGGCUUUUUUGGAGGAGUUUGUCGAAGCCUGCAGAGGAUGAUGAUGGUGCUGUCUGCGUGCGUCCGGCUGGCCAUCAUCCUGCGUUGUGCGUCCCUCACCAGCGGACAUUUGGCAGAAGAUCACUUGCCUAAAAUGUGGCCCUCUGAGAAUCCCCUCAUUCUUCACCAUGGCGACGCUCUUAAUCUCACAUGCAGGGGCCACGGACCGCUGCGCUGGACACUCCCGACCCCGGUGGACCCUCGCCGAUCUCUUCCCAGGGAGGGCAUGAAGGUGCAGCAGUGCGAGUCCAGACGUCACUCUCACUGCAGCAAACUGCUCAUCACGCAGAUGGCCGCCAAUCACACGGGGGAAUACCGCUGCAGCUACACCGCAGAUGGCUCGGACUUCACCACAUCCACCUACGUCUACGUCACAGAUCCGGAGCAGCCUUUUGUGGAGCCCCAUGAUCAGACACCCUACGUCCUGGGCAUCUACAGACAUGAGACCAGUCUUGUGAUACCGUGCCACACGUCCUCCCCCAGUUUUGUUGUAAAACUACACGCGGACCCACAUUUUCCGGAGAAAGUUGCCAAGGAGGUCAAAUGGGAUCCAAAGGUGGGCUUCAGAAUCCCCUACGGUCCCUCCACCGUGUACACCAUGUUGACCUGCACCACCAUUGUCAACGGGCGUGAGUUCCGCUCGGACUACAUGCCCAGGAGACAGUCUACUUUCCUCGAGAACGUGAAGGUCACACCUGAGCGCGUCAGACUGUUGGCCGGAGACACGCUGGUCCUCAACUGCACCGGGCAGACCACCUUUAACGAAAGAAUCAGCUUUACCUGGGAUUUCCCGAGAAAGAAAGAAAAUCGCCAUUUCACACAGGCAAAAAUGGAACGCCCGGCUGUGGUUUUUACAAUGAGCAGAGCCCUGGUGCUGCCCAACGUCACCGUGGAGGACAGGGGCUCGUAUCGCUGCAAAGCGGAGACUUUGCCCACAAAACACAAGAACGCCACCGCCAAAGUGAUCGUCUUCGAGCACCCCUUCAUCAACAUCUCCUACAAGCACGAGCAGCGCGGCGCGGUGGUUGUGAAAGAGGGCAGGAAGAAGCUGGUGUUUGAGCCCAAAGUGAACGCCCUGCCACCUCCAGACAUGAUGACAUGGUAUAAAGAUGAUGUCGCCAUCCUGAAGAAUUCCACCUGCUUCAAGAUUUCCGGUUUCAGCUUGAUCAUCGCUGAUCUUCAGCGGAAUCAUGCCGGGGUCUACACCAUAAGCCUCGGCAACCAAGCCAGGGGCCUUCACCGGAAUCUGAGCUACACGCUGCAGAUUGAAACGAAGCCGACUAUUUCCGAGGCGGAGUUUGCCAGCGCGGACGUUCAGCCCUACAUGCUUGGGAGGCGGCACCAGCUGGACUGCAGUGCCUACGGGUGGCCCGUGCCCAACAUUACCUGGCUCUGGCAACCAUUCCAGCACAGCCCCGACCAUAAAAACCAAGUGGUCUUCUCCGAGCCAGUGGUGGUCAACAUUACCCAGAGGGGAGAACACACCAACUGGGUGAAAAGCAUUACCACCAGGCCUGAACAGGUUAAAGGGAAAAACAAGACUGUGAGCACCCUGGUGGUAGAAGAAGCCAGCGUGUCAGGAAAUUACACCUGUUUGGCCCAGAAUGAAGAAGGCAAAACCACAAUGGCCGUUCCAUUCUAUGUAACUGAUCACCAGGAUGCGAUAUCCAUCCAGCCUCAGUCUGCCCUGGAGAGAGACCACGUCACCUUGAGCUGCCGGGCCUCUCGUUACCUUUACACACACCUGCAGUGGUUGGAUUCCAGGAAUCGCACCAUCACCUCAAAUGUGUCCGCUCCCCAGUUCAGCCUUUACUCCAUUUCCAUUUCCCUCCACCUGCACAAUGUGAGCAGAAACAGCGCCGCAGGCUACAAGUGUCGGGCUUAUAAGCAGCGAAAUAAGGUGGAGGUCAAGCCAGCUUCCCUGAAUGUGAUUGCGAGAACGCAUCCCUGGCUGGGUCAAAAUCUCACCAAUCAGGAGGUGAACAGUAGCAACACCCUGGUGCUGACCUGCGUGGCACACGGGGUCCCUCAGCCCAACAUCACGUGGUACAAGAACAGCGUGAUGCUGGAGAAAGGCCCAGGAAUCAACGUGUGGCAGAACGGCGCUCUGGUCAUUGAAAGGGUGAAGAAAGACGACGAGGGUCUGUACGAGUGCGUGGCCACCAACACCGAGGGCCUCGUCAAAACCAGCGCCUUCGUCACCGUGCUUGGGGAGGAAGGAAAGCCCAACGUGGAGGUGAUCAUUCUGGUGUGCACGGGUGCUGCCGCCACCUUCCUCUGGCUCAUGCUCAUCCUCUUCAUCCGCAAGCUGAGGAAGCAACCGGCACACUAUAAAAUGGGUCCGUCUAUCAUCAUCGACCCUGAUGAGUGUCCACUCGACGAGCAGAACGACCUCCUUCAGUAUGACAGCAGCAAGUGGGAGUUUCCCCGGGACCGCCUGCGACUGGGCAAAACUCUUGGCCACGGUGCUUUUGGGAAAGUGGUGGAGGCUUCUGCCUUUGGGAUUGACAAACUCUCCACCUGCAAGACCGUCGCCGUCAAGAUGCUGAAAGGUGGCGCCACGUCCAACGAGCGCAAAGCCCUGAUGUCAGAGUUAAAGAUCCUGAUCCACAUUGGCCACCACCUCAAUGUGGUCAACCUCCUGGGAGCGUGCACCAAGCCUGGAGGGCCGUUGAUGAUGAUCGUGGAGUUCUGCAAAUACGGCAACCUGUCCAACUACCUGAGAGGCAAGAGGGAGGACUUUGUCGUCUACAAGAGACAAGACGGCAAGGGGGUGUCGCCGGACACGGGCUGCGAGCUGAGCGAGCUGAUGAAGCGCCGCCUGGAGAGCGUGGCCAGCACGGGGAGCUCGGCCAGCUCGGGUUUUAUCGAGGACAAGAGCUACUGCGACUCGGAGGAAGAGGAAGAAGAGUCCGAGGAUUUGUACAAGCGAGUCCUGACGCUGGAAGAUUUAAUCUGCUACAGUUUCCAGGUGGCAAAAGGCAUGGAGUUCUUGGCCUCUCGCAAGUGCAUUCAUCGGGAUUUGGCCGCACGAAACAUCCUUCUCUCUGAGAAUAAUGUGGUGAAAAUUUGUGAUUUUGGACUGGCCAGAGACAUCUACAAGGACCCUGAUUAUGUGCGCAAGGGGGAUGCCCGGCUGCCGCUCAAGUGGAUGGCUCCCGAGGCCAUUUUUGACAAGGUGUACACCACUCAGAGCGACGUGUGGUCCUUCGGCGUGCUCAUGUGGGAGAUCUUCUCUUUGGGUGCAUCACCGUACCCCGGUGUCCAUAUUGACGAGGAAUUUUGCUGCAGACUGAAAGAGGGCACCAGGAUGAGAGCUCCAGAAUACUCGUCCUCUGAAAUAUAUCAGACCAUGUUGGACUGCUGGCAGGGGGAACCACAGGAGAGGCCCACCUUCACCGAGCUGGUUGAAAGACUGGGAGACCUGCUCCAGGCCAGCGUGCAACAGGAGGGUAAACACUACAUACCCAUCAACACCGCCCUGCUGGCCAAGGUGGGAGACCUCUCUGCCAGCCAGCUGCCGGAUGAGACGCCCACCCGGCCCGUCUCGCUGCGCCACUCCGGGGGAACAUGGAACAUCAAGAUCCGUCCGGCGAGUGUGAAGACCUUCGACGAGGUCACAAUGGAGAGCGGGACAAAUGAGGGUCAUGAGGGCGGACAGUCCGACAGCGGGAUGGGCCUCUCGUCUGACAACAUGAAUACUCUGAAGAGACUCGAGUCGCUGGCUGGCCGACCUCUGAGCAUCAUGGCUCUGGCCAUGAAGGCCGUGAGCAAGAGCAAAGAGUCGGUGCUGACCGACUCAGACAAGGACAAGUUCGCUCCAAACGUCUCCCCUCUGGACUUCAGUCUGGACGACUCGGCGUUGGACGCCGACCUGGAGUGCCACAGCCCGCCGCCUGACUACAACUAUGUGGUGCGCUACUCCACGCCACCUGUGUAACCUAGGGCUUUUGUCUUUGGGCUUUGGUCACAAUCCACUUUUUUGUGGACACCUUUUUUUCGCGCCGCCCCGGGAGACGAGGCGAGGCUCGUUUUGGUGUGAAAGGACCGACGAGUCAACUGUGCCACGGACUCUGCGGGCGUUUUCCGGGCUCAGGUGUUCCGCGGGUGAUGACAGGCUCAGGUAUUUCAGUCAGCUUUUCUAGCGUCUACUGUGAAUUUACUCCAUUCCACAUCCACUCCCAGCGUUUCAUCAAUUAGAAACUGGGGAUAUUUUUGGAAGCAUCAUCGCGUUGAUCACACUUCAAGAGUUCUUACCAAAUAAUGGAUGUUUUAGAUUUAUUGUCCAAUCAGCCGCGGUCUAAACGCAUACUUAUAAAUCAUCUGAUUUGUCAUUUUGUAAGCAGUAACAUGACAUUGUUUUCUCCGUGUACAGUCGUGGUCAAAAGUUUACAUACACUUUUUUUGUGAUAGAGCAGGGGUCACCAACCUUUUUGAAACCAAGAGCUACUUCUUGGGUAGUGAUUAAUGCGAAGGGCUACCAGUUUGAUACACACUUCAAUAAAUUGCCAGAAAUAGCCAAUUUGCUCAAUUUACCUUUAACUCUGUUAUUAUUAAUAAUUAAUGAUAUUUACACUUAAUUGAAUGGUUUAAAAAAGGAAAAAUCCAAUCUGCACUUUGUUAGAAUAUAUAACAAAUUGGACCAAGCUAUAUUUCUAACAAAGACAAAUCAUUAUUUCUUCUAGAUUUUCCAGAACAAAAAUUUUAAAAGAAAUUCAAAAGACUUUGAAAUAAGAUUUAAAUUUGAUUCUACAGAUUUUCUACAUUUGCCAGACUAAUUUGUUUUAAUUGUAAUCAUAAUAAGUUUGAAGAAAUAUUUCAAAAAUAUUCUUCGUCGAAAAAACAGAAGCUGAAAUUAAGAAUUAAAUUAAAAUGUCUUUAUUAUUCUUUACAAUAAAAAAAAUAAAUUUACUUGAACAUUGAUUUAAAUUGUCAGGAAAGAAGAGGAAGGAAUUUAAAAGGUAAAAAGGUUUAUGUGUUUAAAAAUCCUAAAAUCAUUUUUAAGGUUGUAUUUUUUUCUCUAAAAUUGUCUUUCUGAAAGUUAUAAGAAGCAAAGUAAAAAAAUUAAUGAAUUUAUUUAAACAAGUGAAGACCAAGUCUUUAAAAUAUUUUCUUGGAUUUUCAAAUUCUAUUUGAGUUUUGUCUCUCUUAGAACUAAAAAUGUCGGGCAAAGCGAGACCAGCUUGCUAGUAAAUAAAUAAAACUUAAAAAAUAGAUAAGUCCUGGUAAGUCCUGCUAUUUCAGCUAUUUUUAGAACAGGCCAGCGGGCUACUCAUCUGGUCCUUACGGGCUACCUGGUGCCCGCGGGCACCGCGUUGGUGACCCCUGUGAUAGAGUGAUUGGAGCACACAUACUGUGGGGCGGCUUAGCUCGGUUGGUAGAGUGGCCGUGCCAGCAGCUUGAGGGUUCCAGGUUCGAUCCCCACUGUCACUGCCGUUGUGUCCUUGGGCAAGACACUUUACCCACCUGCUCCCAGUGCCCACCCACACUGGUUUAAAUGUAACUUAGAUAUUGGGUUUCACUAUGUAAAAGCGCUUUGAGUCACAUACAAAUAUAAAUUCACUUCACUUGUUGGUCACAAAAAACAUUUGUCCGGGGCCCGGAUCAUGUUUUGGUAUUUUCGGUUAGUUUUGGACUCCCUCGGUUCUUGUUUUGUGCACCCUUGAGUUAGUUUUGGUUACCAGUGUUGCUUAUUAUUUUCACCUGCCUCUGAUGUGGUGUUCGGGACGCUCACCUGUUCCCCGAGCACUAAUCAGAGGCAUUAUUUCAGCAACCAUGGUAACCAAAAC